AUGUCUGACAGAAUUAUAAAUUUAAUUUUGAGUUCUCUUCCAAAUAAAAACAAGGUAAGAUUGUUUUUUUAGUUUACAAAAUAUACAACAACUUUUAUUUUUUAGCAGCCAACAGCUAUUCAAUGGCUAACCACCAGCGCGGCAGGAGUAGGCUGCACAACAUGUCAAACAGCAAUCGGUGAGAGUGAAAGAGACGAAAAGAUAUUGAAAUCGCGCGUGAUCUACAGCGAUUUACAUUUGCGGGUCUAGGAUUUGUGAAAAUUAGAAAUAGGCUUCAGCUUGACUUUUGAGAAUUCAUUUUUGAACUUUCAGUGUGCCACGCGACUAAAAGUCAUCCUCAAUUUUUUUCGAAACAAAAUAUGGUUAGCAACCGCAAUUUCAAAAAUUAUGGAUUUUCAGACCCACAAAUUUUUAAUGUACCUUUGAUCUAUUUUUCUCUAAGUCUUCUUCACUCUCACCGAUUGCCAAUUUUCAUUGGGCUGACAUGAUGUGGCUGUGUAAGAACAAACUGCAAUUUUCAUGCUGAAAAUCGUGAUUUACGUGAAAAAACAUGAUUUUGAGCAUGAAAAUGACCGGAAAUCAAGUGAUAAAUCUGAAAAUGUUCAGGGAAUUGGCUCAACAAUCAAACAUCUUUCAUCAAGUGAAAAAGAACGAUUUAUUCGUGCAUUGAAACGUGAAACUGAUUCAAGCAGUGAUGCGGAACUUGUUCAAAAAAUCAGAACAACUAUUAGUGUUCACGAGUUGAAUCGGCUUAUCGUCAUAUGUCUGAGAGAAACUUUUGAAUAG